AUGGCGGAGCCCAACGCGGCCCCUCCGCGCUUGGCUUUGGCCGUAGCCGCUUUAGCGGCGUUAGCCGCCGUGAAAUAUUACCGGGACGCCGAAACGGCCCGGCAGCAGGAGCUGGCAAUGAAGUCUCUGGGAAGCGAGGGGCUGUUUCUGUUCUCCUCUCUGGACACAAACAAUGAUCUCUACCUCAGUCCAGAAGAGUUCAAGCCCAUAGCUGAGAAGCUGACAGGGGUUGCUCCCAUCUCUGAGUUUGAAGAGGAGGAGAUGCCUGAUCCCAGUGGGGAGACCUUGUCUGUGGUGGCUAAAUUCCAGCCUUUGGUCAUGGAAACGAUGACCAAGAGCAAAGAUGGUUUCCUGGGGAUUUCUCAUGUUGCUCUCUCUGGGCUGAGGAAUUGGACAGCUCCAGCAGUCCCUAUGAGUGUGUUGUUUGCCAGGCAGUUUAAAGCCUUUCUUCCUCCAAAGAAUAAAGUGGAUCUGGGGGAUCCAUGGUGGAUAAUUCCCAGUGAACUGAACAUCUUCACUGGCUACCUUUCCAACAACAGAUUUUAUCCUCCUCUUCCCAAGGGCAAAGAGGUCAUCAUCCACAAGCUUCUGAGCAUGUUCCACCCACGGCCCUUCGUCAAAACUCGCUUUGCUCCCCAGGGAGCUGUGGCCUGCAUCCAAGCCAUCAGCACCUUCUACUACACCAUAGCCUUCAGGAUCCAUGCUGAGUUCCAGCUGAAUGAGCCACCAGACUUCCCCUUCUGGUUCUCCCCAGGCCAGUUCACAGGGCACAUUGUCCUCUCCAAGGACUCUUCCCACGUCCGGGAGUUCAGGCUCUUCGUUCCCAACAGCAGGUCUCUGAACGUGGACAUGGAGUGGCUGUACGGAGCGAGUGAGAGCAGCAACAUGGAAGUGGACAUCGGUUACCUGCCUCAGAUGGAGCUGGAAUCAACAGGACCUUCCAUCCCCUCUGUGAUCCAUGAUGAAAAUGGAAAUGUGAUUGACAGCAGGGACCCCUCAGGGGAGCCCAUCCAGUUUGUGUUUGAAGAAAUAACCUGGCAGCAGCAAAUCCCCUGGGAAGAGGCAGCCCAGAAGCUGGAAGUGGUCAUGUAUCCAUUUAAGAAGAUCUCCUACCUGCCCUUCACACAAGCAUUUGAGAGAGCAAAAGCAGAAAAGAAGCUGGUGCACUCCAUCCUGCUGUGGGGUGCCCUGGACGACCAGUCCUGCUGAGGUUCGGGGCGAACUCUCCGGGAGACCGUCCUGGAAAGUUCGCCCAUCCUCGCCCUGCUGAACCAGAGCUUCGUCAGCAGCUGGUCCCUGGUGAAGGAGCUGGAGGAGCUGCAGAGCAACAGAGAGAAUGAGUUCCACAGCAAGCUGGCUGACCUGCACCUGGAGAAGUACAGCUUCCCUGUGGAGAUGAUCAUCUGCCUGCCCAACGGCACCGUGGUUCACCAUAUCAAUGCCAACUACUUCCUGGAUAUUACUUCCAUGAAGCCUGAAGAUGUUGAAAGUAACAUCUUUAGUUUCUCAACCAAUUUUGAGGACCCUUCAACUGCAACUUACCUCCAGUUCCUGAAAGAAGGACUGCAAAGAGCAAAACCAUACCUGCAGAGCUAAAAACAGAGGCACCUGAGUGCCCCACAGAGUGCCAAAGACUUCAGAGACUAAAGCAAUUCUUCCUCCUCUUCAUGACAGAUGUUUAGAUGCAGACAGUCCCAGG